GUUCCAUUCCGCACUCCCAAUCUCUGCAAUAAUCUGCACCACGCUGACGCUCUCAGUAUUGUUCCUAACGGUCCCCCCACUAACAGCCGCCUCUAAACGGACACCCUGAGCCACAGUUUUCGUGUGCAAUCUAUUGCGCACGCGCAAAGCGCUUGGUGACCUUUAACUUCACAGCCGUUUGUGCCCCAAACAAUCAUGGCGUCGGUGGAUGAGCUGAAAGCUGGUGAGUUAUCAGUAUAUGCAGAGAGUUUAUGGUUUAUUAAAGUUUGUUUAUACCAGCGCUGUAAGCCAGUUCUGUAAUGUUAAUGCAUGCUAGUUAAAUAACUCUGGUCUGCUAAUAUGCAUUGCAAGGCUUUGGUCUCCUGUGCUGUGGCAUUGAAAGGGUUCCCUUUGCUUAUUGGAGUGUUUUGGAGGUAAGUCACUAUAUGAUUGGUGUGCUCAUUAAAUCUUCUGCAUGAUUGAUGCAUUGAUCUGGUGAGUGAGAGAGCUGUCAGGUCCACUUGAUGCUUUUAGCAGUGUUUUGAUGUUUUGUCAGGUAAGCAUAGUCUGAAUGGAAUUGCCCAGUUAACUGAAUCUAACACGUUUUUGAGAUUUUUUUUUUUUUGGCAUAGUUUUAAUGCAUUAUCUAGAUCUAGAAUAUCUGCUCCUGCUGUUCAUGUCCUUUAAAAGGAAUACUCCAAGCACCAUAACUGCUACAGUGUGCUGAAGUGGUUAUGGUUUCAGAAGUGUUUGGCGCUGCCAAAUGAAAGUAGUCUGUAAUGGUUUGACUUCUUAUCUGGUGUCUGCCUUGCACCUCCCUGCCUCCUCUCAGCUUUGAGCUAACCUUGGCAGUGCAGGACUUAGCUUAUUGGCUGAGCUAUAUCCGCUAAUAAGCUAGCCCUGCUUGACAGGUCUUAGCUAGGGAGAGCUAACAGAAACUUCAAGCAGGGGUUUUGAGCUCUCUUACAGGUGCCUGGCUGUCUCCAGUUAAGAAAAGAAACCGCUAUUAAUUUGUUUGACUACUUAUUUUGGGGGAACAUCUGGCACCAUAACCAACAACACGCUAUAAUGGCUUUAGUGCUUCGAGCAUUGAACAUCUCCUCCACUUCCUACUGAGUCUGAAACUUGUGAAAAGAGAGCCAUUUGCUGGCAGUAUCAAUUACUCUCCCUGUAGCCUCAAACUUGUAUAGAUGUGGAGGGGCAGAGCAAAAUAACAUCGGAUAGCAGACUUUAGGGUUAAACAGUUUGCUCUUAGUUUAACACCCGGAUGGUAUGCCGGUGCAAAGAUUCUCCUGACACCAUAACAACUUAAUUCCAAUGAAGUUGUUAUGGUGCCCAGAGUGUUCUAUUAAAAGGACACUAUUGGCACCCAGACCACUUCAGCUCAUUGAAGUGAUCUGUGUGCAGAUUCUCUGUCCCCUUAAAGGGACACUAUAGUCACUGCUUAAUGAAGCAGUUUUGUUUAUGCAGCCAUAGUUACACCUCCCCACAUGUGAUUCACACAGCCUUUCUAAACACUUCCUGUAAAGAGUCAUCUAAUGUUUACACUUCCUUUAUUGCAACUUCUGUUUCUGUGUAGAAUUUUGUAUCUCCUGCUCUCCUAAUAGCUUACCAAACUCUGCAGAAGCCUACUGUAUGUAAUUAAAUUUCAGUUUACAGAGCAGGAUCUGAUUGAAACUGAAACUAUUGUGUUUUCAUGUCAUUCACAGCCAAGGGAGGUGUGGGUGGGCUGCAUCCACAGAAACAAAAGUGAUUGAUUUAAUUCAUAAAUGGCAGAGAAUUGAGCAGUGAAACUUCAAAGGCAUGAUCUAUAGACAAGAACUGCUUCAUUAAGCUAAAGUUGUUCUGGUGAGUGUAGUGUCCCUUUAACCCUACAAUGUUAAUUAUUGCAGUUUCUGAGCAACUGCAAAAAUUACCUUGCAGGACUAAAACUGCCUUUAGUGGCUGUCAAACAGCCACUAGAGGCACUUCCUGCUUGCUAGGUGACUUUGUUUGCCUAACUGAUGCUGGAUGUCCAAACACUCUUCAUGAGGACAUUGCAGCAAUGCUUUCCCAAUGGGGAGGGCCUAAUCCGCUUACGGAGCGCCGACCCUGCGCCGAGGGAGAUUGGGUGAAUACAGUAAGGGCAGGGGAGCGUGAGGGAAGUAUAGUGUAAGAAAUGCACCUUUGUAUUAAUAGCACUAUAGUAUCCCUAUUAGGCAGGCAAAAUUGUAAUAGGUGUAGACAUUUUCAUUUUUCUUGAAUGCACUAAUGUUUGUUUCUUCAGUUCUGAAGGAUACAUUAGAAAAAGGAGGAGUUAUAGGUGAGCUAAAAGCAAAUGUCCGAGCAGCAGUGUUUCAAGCGGUUGACGAUCGGAGUGAACCCAAACCAACACUUUCUCAUGAAAAUCUUCUCAUAAAUGAACUGAUCAGAGAAUAUUUGGAGUUCAACAAGUACAAAUACAGUGCUUCAGUGUUAAAUGCAGGUAUGUGUGCCUAAUCAAUAACCAAAAUUAAUAAUUUGUGUAUAAGACCAAUUAAACAAAAAGGAAAACAAGGUAUAAUUGUGCUCAAAGCAAUAUGUUGGUUUUUUUUUUCUUCUUUUUUUUUAUUGUAUAAAAUAUUAUGCAUUUCUUCCUUCCAGCGUCUAUGACGCAUUUGUGUUUUUCCCCAAAAUGUCUGUUAAAGGAACACUCCAAGCACCAUAACGACUACUUACAGUCUCCUCCCACUCCAACCCCCAAUGUAACUAGCCCAAGUGUGUGUGUGUGUGUGUAUAUGUGUGUGUGUAUGUAUGUAUGUAUAUAUAUAUAUAUAUAUAUAUAUAUAUAUAUAUAUAUAUUUGGCUGCUCUCCCUUCUUUUACUCCUUUUGGAAACACUUCUCAGGGAGCUGAGCUCAAAUAGGACCAUCUUAAGCAAACUAAAUGGGCGGUCAAUUUACGUUCACUGGAAGCUAUACAUACAGCUAUAGUGAGUGCUAGGCUUCUGAAAAGCCACUACCAGGAAUUCCUUGAGCUUAGCUGAGUUAGAAAAAUAGUUGUUCUGUUGAGUAUAAUCAUUACCAUCAGGCAUUUUUUAUGCAAACACUGCCUUUUCAGAGAAAAGGCAGCAUUUACAUUGCCCUUAGGGACACCUCCAAGUGGCCGCCACUCAGAUGACGACUGAAGGUGUUCCUGGGGCAGUGCUGCACAGUAGGCAGCACUGCCGUUCAGCAUCUCCACAUUCUGCAUGGGGAUGCUGAAUAUUUCUCAUAGAGCUACAUUGAUUCAUUGCAUAUCUAUGAGGUGGUGCUGAUUGGCUAAAACAGGGUUUGGUCCCAUCCCGCCUCCUUGCCGAUUUUAGCCAAUCCAAUGCUUUACCCAUAGGAAAGCAUUGGAUUGGCUAGAAAUAGUCAGUGCUGAUGAUGUCACCAAGGGGCGGUGCAAGCACUGGCAGACCUGUGCGGUGCUGGAAAUAAGGUGAGUUCUAAUUCCUUUUUAAGGGGGCUAAGGAGGGGCAGGCCACCUAAAUGGUGGGUUUACCACUAUAAGGUCAGGAAUAUACGUUUUGUGUUCCUGACCCUAUACUGUUCCUUUAUUGAAAGUAUUUUGGUUGCUGGCUUACCUGGGCUCCAUCUUACCUUAAGUUGUCAAUCACUGGCACCCAUUGCUGCGUCUUCCUGCUGUUCUAUAAUGGCCAAAAAAAGAGUCUGAAGACUGUAUGGACAGGUGUCUAGUGACCAAUUUAGGUGUUAAAUCAAAAGGGACACUUAACUGCCAAAAAUGUGUUUUGUGUUUUUUUUUUUGUUUUUUUGUUUUUUUAUUACAGUUUAGUAUAUAUCGCCCCGAUACCUUUUUAAUUGGGGUUAUAUAUAAAAUCAGCUUGCAAAGGUUGGAGAUCUUGUCUGCAGUAUUUGCAAGCCCUUCCCUUCUUGCCCAUCCCAGACUUCCCCAAUCACAGACUUCCCAAUGCAGCUCAAUGAGAAAUCUUUGCAAACCAGGUGUUGGCAUAGCAGGUGUCUAUGUCUUGAGUUUAGCUCCACUGAGCUAAACAACCAGGAAGUAACAUGACCUAUUAUCUGAUUAACAAGGUUAUUAUUGUAUAAAUGUUCCAAUCUCUCUUAAAUCUGCACAUUUUGAAAAGUAGGGGCAAAAAGAGGACACACCCUUUACACAUCAAGCGCUUUUGGUGUCUGGAGUUCCCCUUUAAGUUAAAAUUGUUCCAAAGUACUUCAGUCCCCAAAUCAACUUAAUUAAGAUAAAGUUGUAUUCGGGGGUGCGUGUAGCUUUAGUAUUAAAGGGACACUCCAGGCACCAUAACAAUAUGUUACUUUUACAGGCUGUGAUGGUAGAAGAACCACUGUCAUUGUCUCCUUGCACCCUUUGUUUGUAACUGCGGUGAUUUUAAAAAAAUCUAUGCAGCUGUUUGUCUACACCCCUUCUCUAUUAUUAUUAUUAUUAUUAUUAUUAUUAGAAACCUUUCUAGAAACAUACUCCUUUGAAUGAUGCUUUCAUGGUGAGCAGAUGUCAUAUGUCAUCUCCUCUGACAGUCCUUGAAUCCUAAGCUUUCUCAUAGCUUUCUGUGAACAACCACAUCUAAAUGUCUUCAUGAAAAAGAUGAGACCUCAGUUGGCAGGGAAAAAAAGCCGCACUGCCUUCUUUUACCAGAUGCUUGAGAUCUAUUCAUAUAUUUACAUGAAAUAAGUUACAUCUGAGUUCUGGGAAGAGGUUCAUUUUAUAUAUUUGGCAAACCACUAAGAUAUAAUGUGAGCACCUGGAUUGUUUUCUUUAGUUCUUUGGACUUCUCCCUGGAAAAGCUGGAUUUGACUUGCCAUCUGUAGACAAAAAGAUAUAGUAAACUCAGACAUGCCUGUAAUUGGAUGUAUUAUGUGAUCCUUAAUAAUUUGAAGUUCCCCUUCAUUAGAAAAAAAAUAUUUUUUGUCUUGUUUUACAGAAGCAGGUCUGUCAGAGAUCCCACUGGAUCGUUCAUUUAUUGCCCGGGAACUGAAUAUCAUUGAAGAUGGAAACUCCCAAUCCGUGUAAGUACUUUAAGCAUUCAUUUUCAUGUUUCACAAUCUCCAGUACUUUCCCAAACAUUAACAGAAUCAGUUUAAUAGUGUGAAGUGUGUUUUUUUUAAAAAAGAUCCUUCCUAUGAAAUUUUAUCCAGAAACAUGCUGUAUUCCCAAGUCAAUUUAAGUUACAUGUCGUCCUCUUCCAUGGAGAUUGCAGAUCUGUACUUCCAGAUGCCGAACGAUCACAGUCACAAAUCGGUACACCUCAAUACACUGACACACAUAUAUGUAUAAUAUACCCUUCCCCCACCUCUAUAUCUGUGGCGUGGCUGAGCUCUCCAUGGAAGCUGCUUCACUUUGCUGUGUGAUUUUCCUCCAAGGCUUAUAUCUGAAGUUAAAAAAAAAAAAAAUUAACUGCCGAAUGACAAAACUUUACUAAUGAUGCUGCCAGGAGCACACAGUGCUGGCAAACACUGCACCCCAGCCAGCAACCUCAGCCACCGUAAACAAGGGCACAAACACAGCAUUCAUACCAGGCCAUCAACAGUCUGGGAUAUAGUAAAGUAUGCAUGGACCUGGACUUACCAGGGGCUGCAUUUAAUUAUUUGGAACUUCUGCUGUAGUCUAAUAUUUGGAUCCAAAUACAAAGAAAUUAGUCAUGCCCUCAAAUGCCCAUUGCUCCUGGGCGGCAGCAACGACCAUAGUACACAUCAGCCAAAAUACAUAUAGUAAAUCCCAAAGAAAAAGUUACCUGCACUCUUUCCACAUCCCUAUGUAUUUUUAAAUAAAUGGAGGUUUUUAGUUUCCUCCAAUGGCCAUGAGAGGGUAUGCCCACCUGCCACGUCAAGGCAGACCUCUUAGGUGGGUCCUAACUGUAACCAUUCGCUUUGCUUCCUUGAGGUUCUGGAAAAAAUAUCUCUGAGAUAGAAAGGGGUAUUUUUUAUAUAUACACUCCUAUAUACUUAUUAACCCUUAAUUGGGAACACAUGGGAUGGGCAGCAUCAUUGUAACCUAGCUGUGUGAUACAAAAAGUGAAUACAAAGAAACAAGUCCUGUGCUCAAACUCCUAUUAUUACUGGGAGGCAGCAACAACCAUAGUACACAUCAGCCAAAAUACAUAUAGUUACAGCUCCGUUACAAUGCUGCUGCCCAUCCCAUGUGUUCCCUAUUACGGGUUAAUAGACAUGUAGGGAUUGUGACGGAACGCUGGCACUCUGACCAAGUAUCUCCGCCAAUCGUUGCUCCUAGUGCUUGCCGAGGACUCCAAGCACUCCAACCGACACUAUCAGCACCGUAGACCCCACUUCCAGGGAUGCAGCUGCGCCGGGGUCUCGCCGUCCUUCACCCACCCUGGACACAAGGCCAGGAUCCAGCUUCCAGUGGGCAGACCUCUCUUCCUCCAGAGAGCGCAGCAGGAACAAGAACAGCUCUUACAAUAGCUUACCCUGGGGAGUAUAGUGUGAUUAUAGCAAUCCCCAGAGUGUAGUUAUCCCAUCCCCAAGCAUGAGCCAAGGCUUCAAGAAAAGGUCAAGCAGGUCUGUUUAAUGCACACAAAAGGACUUUCUUUUAUACAGGAUUUUCCACAAGGUUACCACCCACGUGGUCUUGUGGAACAGCCAAUCAAACACAUUACAAUACAGUCAGACACUUCCAGCCAAGGCACACAAACUCUCCCCUCUGCCUGUGAUAUAAUUACUAAACACAAUAGGCUAACUUAAUUAUCACAGGCAGAGAAAUAUACAGUUUUACACAAUAUUCAUAACUUACAAACCAUACAUGCAAUUCACAUAAGUCACAUAUUCUGAACCAGCAUAAGCAGUAUACAAACAUAGGCCAAAAUCAUACAAUUUGGUUCAGUGGUUCAAAAGUUAGGUGGAAGUCCUAUUUGACCGACUGCAAGCAUGACUUUCCUGCUCAAAACAGUUCCACAGAUUUAGGCUGUGCAGCCGGUCUAUCUUCUCCUCUAUCCUGGAGAAAAUUGGCUUAAGUGGGUGUGGUAACUUAAUUAUCUCAAGGUACAGAAACUAUCUCCAUUUACAACAACAGUAAAAAUACAUAAUUCCUUUUAUACUGAACCAAACCCCCACAUUCAACCUAUCCUUAGCUAGCUUGGAUCUAAGUGCUCAAUAUGUCCGAACAGCGCUCAGAUCCCACGAACAGAAUAAAAUCACCAUGGGGUUAAAGUUUAGCAAGAGCUGAUGAUUGACUGAGGAGGGACAAAGCAUCUAGUUCCAUUUAAAGGGCCAGAACAGUCUUUUAAACACCAAUAAGUCCAAAUAGUGGUUUUUAAUUGGCAAAGUCUCCCCGGGACCAUAGUCACAUGGCAGGAGGCUGGCAAUUUAGUUCUCUCCAGGCACAAGUGGCGAAGGGAACUUCGUCACAGGGUUGUAUAUUAAAAAAAAAAAAAAAAUACCCCUUUCUGUCUCAUUAGAGAUAUUUUUUGCCAGAAGCUCAAGGAAGCAAGGUGAAUGGUUAGAGUAGGACCCACCUCAGAGGUCUGCCUUCAUGUGGCAGGUGGGCAUACCCUCUUAUGGCCAUUGGAGGUAACUAAAAACCUCCAUUUGUUUAAAAAUACAUAGGGAUGUGGAAAGAGCGCAGGUAACUUUUUUUUUUUUUUCUUUUUUUUUUUUUAUAUUUAAUAUUUGGAUCCAAUAAUUAGUUGUUGCAUGUGGUCCAUUCUGUGGAAAGAUACUUGACAUUUAGCAAUAUUUCUAUGGUUGGAGUUUGGCCUAUCUUCAUUCUUUAAGAAAAACUCAGUUGUUGUUGUUGUUGUUAAUAUUUUAUUUGUGACACUUUCAGAUUUACAUUUUUUUUUUUUUUUUUAUGCAUGAAAUGUAAUUCCUUGUCUGCAUUGCCCUGUGAGCUGAGCAUAGCUGUGCAAAAUUCACUGCCAUCUUCAAUUCUGCUGUGUUCUCAGUCUACGGUACUCUCUGCUGCUCAGCAUUACUGUGUCCGCUGCCAAAGAUGCCCAGCUAUACUCAGCUCAUGGGGUAAUAGGUGACAUUAUCGCUCUGUGAACGUGCAAGGUCCCUGGUUUGUGAGCGUGACCUUGGAAAAGAUGAAGGCGGAUUCUGACCCAAAAAUCACUGAACGUGGCAGUGCAGGAGGGAAAAAGGAAAGGUUGUUGUCAUAGGAAGGUUAUUUUAAAAAAAGUAAGAAAAAUGUGUGUGUACACAAUUAUGUGAAUAAAACAAAAUAGGAAUCACAAACCACUACAAAACAAAUUGUUUUUCUUUUAAACUUACACCAAUUAUCUCCAAUGCAUAAUCUCAUCUCUCAAUUCUGAGACAACCCAUCCAAAUCUUACUUUUGCCUUCUGUCGUCUUUGCGUUUCAGUUCUGCUUUCACACGUCCCAAAUCCACUUGCCCAGUCUUCUCUUCGCUACCCUCCAUCAGUCAGUCUGUGCAUCAUCCUCCCAGUGGCAUCUAUUCUGCAUAUUUAAUUUACAUUUUAUUUCCAUCCAUCUAGCUAUAACUAAAAACUGCUUUGACUGAUGAUACCACUUUAAGGAAACCACACCGUAGCAUUUAUUAGACAUGGGUUUCCCAAAUUCCCUUUGCCACAUUAUCAAUUACUUCUACAUGUCUUUAGUAUCAUACUAUCUUCAUUAUCUGGUACCUCUUUUAUAUCAACCAUGGCAGAGAUUUAAACAACUGUAUUGUUAUAUGCUGUGAUAAUUCUUUAUUUUUAAUUUUUAUUUUUUUGCACAGGCCUAUUCUUUAUGGGAUUUUAGCACAUUUUUUACAAGGACAAGUCCAAAGAAAAAGGUUUGAAAACUCUAAGGAGCAACAUUUAAAAGGUAAAGUUACGAUGUUUUGUUUCUCACAAAAGUCUUUUGUAUUACAGUUUUUGGAAACCAGGUUUAAACUGGUUUAUAACACAAACUGUAUUGUAUUGAAGUCUUCAUGUGAACUUAUUUUUUAUUUUAUUUUUUUAAAUAUCUGCAGAACAUGAUUGGUAAGGUGGUGGUUAUUUUUUUUUUUUUUUUAUGAUUUAGUAGAAUUCAAUGAAUGGUAAAAAAAAGCCUUUAGCCUUGAUUUCUUGCCAAUAUGUGAGCAACAUUUUACUGGCAUAUAAAAUAGUUUGUCUGUUUUUGCUGCCAAUAUUAAAGAGAAAUAAAAACAAGGGAUACAUUUAAAGUGGUUCCUAUCCAUGUAGUGUGCACCAAAUUCCAAUAGGUUUGUUUUUAUUACAAAAGAUAUAAAGGUGCAUAGGCGCUACCAGUAUAGAAAUACAAACAGACUGGUGUAAUAAAAGUGUAUCCCACACACUUAAGAAUAAACAAUAAAACAGGAAUAAAUACUACACCAGUUUAAUUAUCCAGGUAUCAGAAUGAUGAUGUUAGAAGUUGAACAUUAGGAUAUGUUGUGAUACAAAUCAGUAACCACAACCAACACUCCCUCCUGCUUCGACAAGAGAUUAAGGAGUUUGCAACCACCCAGUCUUAAAAUCUACACAUGUAAUUGCAGUUAUUUAGUUAGCACAAUAUAUAGAUUAAGAUGUAUUGGGCAUUACAGUUCAUUGUAAUCAUUUUAGUGGCACUUAAACCGGCACUGUUUAGGGACUUUGUCGAAUUUAGAAAGAUCCCCAAAGGUGACCUUGCUGCUGGGUUGUUCGGUGCCGUAAAGGUCAGAUUUACAUACCUGAACCUGUCCCUUGCGGGUGCCGCCCUCUUCCUCCGUCUGCUCCUCUUCAGCUCCUGGCCGUCCCUGCUGUACUCUUGUGCAAGCGCCAGAGUAAAGCAUUGAAGUCUGUGGAGGGAACCACGGGAUCCUCCAUAGACUGAGCCAAUUCCCUGCAGCCAUCACGGUUGGCAUCUGUUGGGAUUGAUUCUUUAGCUCUGCACAGAGUCUAAGAAAGUCAGGAGGAGGAAAUUCAUAGAGACAAAGAAGUCUCUACUUGGUCUCUAUAUAUCUCUUGACUGGGUUGGAGUUUCAGUGAAAUGUCAUCACAGUUAAUGAGUAUUUCAUGAAAAAAGCUAUCUUUAUGAAUAACUAAUUUUUCAGGGGGGGUGGCAGUUCCCCUUUAAAGGAACACUAUAGUGUCAGGAAUACAAACAUGUAUUCUUAACAGUAUAUAGUUCUAAAGUAACUGCUUAGCUCUGUAGCCCCUCUCAGAUUGCAUUGAAACGUAUUAAACUUACUGUGGCGGAACCUACCUCCAAUUUCAUAUACUCUGCCCCUGUUUGUAUAUUUUCCCUUUUUCCAUACGGGAGUUAUUAUAUACGAACGCCAUCUAUUCGUCUCCCGAAUGAGGACCACCCCUGUACCCUAUUAGAAAAUUCACACCAGCAACUUAAGUGUGAAACCACAAGGGAAGUCAUUAAUGAGUGCUGCCAUCUUGUCUUCCAGACGUGGGCAGCGGCACUUGGUCGUCGAGUGCCCGGAACUCUUUUCGGCUAGGCACUUGCACAAAUCCCGGUAAAGAUUAGACCACUGCCCGUUCUAUUUCCUGACCACUUAUAAGAAUGACGUUCGUGAGAUAUGAACUUCCGAACAUGCAUGGUGUUUGCACAGAAACCCCCGAACAGAGACUGGCCAAGGCACCUACUUCCCUGGAAAAGUUUUGGGCUAGUGUCAAAACCUUACCCCGGUGGCAUUCCAGUUUCACCAAACUGAUUGGAGUGAUAUGUGAAUAUGUUAUACACUCAGAUCAGGGAUAUCUGGGGAUAUGAUUUUUGUGGGGUUCCACUUUAUGGUGGGGGCACCUUUGGGAAACUGUAUAUUUUGUAUGGAUUUUCUGUACCUGAGAGAUAAUUGAAUUAUGUUUUUUUUCUUCUCACGCAGUUAUCUCUCAGGCACGGAGGAUCUUGGGAUUAAAACACCUGUUUUUUAUUGUAUUGGAGACCCCAUGUAGGGGUUUGUGCAUAAAAGCCGUGUGUGGUUGGAAUAAAAUCAGUUGACUCCCAGAACUAUGUUUCGUCUGGGUACUGGGGGAAUGGAUGUCUGUGUAUUUUAAUGGUUCCAGAGUGGCUUAAGGAAGGAAUUAGCGGAGGUCAUCAGUCAGGUUACCCGUGGUCCGCUACACUUACCUUUUCUCCCAUGCCGUGCUGGUCUGGUUGCGGCUGUUCCCUCUUCCAUGGCUGAGAUCAUUAUCAAUCUUGAUGAUCUCCGCCAACCCAAUGCUUUCCUUUAGGUAAGCAGUGGGAGACUGUUGUGAGUUAAACUGUAGUGGUUCUGGUGACUUUAGUGUCCCUUUAAAUUAUACUACUAUUAGGAACAAGUGUUGUGGGUUUUUGUUUUUAGAAAGUUAUUCAGAUCUUAAUGUUUUUUUUUUUUUAAAUAUAAAUUGUUUUGUAUGAAAAUGGGCAAAUAAACACAAAUGGCCUAAAAAAUGAAGAAACAAUAGAAAAAUUGUUCCAGUUAAGACUGCCAGUGACCUUAAGAAGCCACGGACGGUUGCUGGACACCCCGCUAAUUGCAAAUCUAUUCAUACUAUUUAAAUUAGAAACAAGGUUUUGUUGGUUGAAUGUAGUUUUUAAAUAUCUGUCACUAGGAGGAGCUGUCUUUCUGUAGAUCUGUGUUUCAGUCCAUAUACUUUCUUAACAUUUAGUUUUCUGAAAAUUUUAUAUAUUUUAUUUUUUUACAACCUUAGGUUUUAAUGAUAUAAGAUCAUAGUGUGUAUGUAAUAUAUUCCAGAAUUUAGGUAUGUCUGAUAAGAGUUUACACAUAACUUUUUUUAUUUUUUUAAUAGUUUCUGGGCAUGUUACAGGCUUCUAUCACUUGAUAUGCCUGGUUUAACAGUGAUUAAAUUAGACAGUUAGAUCUACUUUAUUCACCUGUCUCUUCUCCUCUCUUACCUACUCUUUCCGGUUAAGUGACCUCUCAAAUAUCAUAACCACUGCAUCUUAUUGUAAUAGUUUUGGGGCUUUUGUUUUUUUUUAGCUCCUAGCUCCUAGUUCCUUGUUUCUAUCAGACUGAUUUUAGAGUGGUUUGGCAAAUUUUGUGUUUUCCCUGAUACCUAAGGCCCUGCUGACCAGAUAAUGCAGAUUCACUUCUGCAUUUUCUGUCCAAAGUCAGUCAACCUUGGAUGGGGCAACGAUAAGCUGAAAACACUAGACGGCCCCUGCACUCUGUGCUUAUCCAUGUCAUCCAUUGUUGGAUGAUUUAAACAGAAAAUGUAGACUUGUAGAUAAUUAUCCCCAAAAAAACUCCCAAACAUACGUAUUCAUUUAUUCCAUAGAUGCCGUAGGGGUCAAAACAAAAUGGGUAGCAUGAUGGUGUUUUGCACGCAGCUGCCUUUAAAGGGACACUAAUGGCACCCAGACCACUUCAACUCAUUGAAGUGGUUUGGGUGCACUGUCCCAGGUCUCUUAACCCUACAAAGCUAAUAACUGCAAUAGUUUGCUUGGUGGGUUAACUCCACUUCUGUGCUGUUAGGUGCCGCGCAUGCGCAUUAGGAUUCUGACGUCAUCUGGGGAGGAGUGAAGGCAGACCCGAGCCAGGGCCAAGGGACAUAGACGCUGGACUAAGAUAAGUGACAAAGUGUUUUUUAACCCCUUCUGCACCACAGGGAGGGGGCCCAAAGGAGGGAGGAGCUGUAUUGCCAGGAAAACAGCUUUCCUUUUAAUUAAAGGCCAGUCAUCGGGUCUCAAUUAAGUUGAGAUAAUAAGAAUCUGCACCGGAUUCUUUUCACCAAUUAAUUUUAAUUAAGAGCGACACGGCUUAAAGUUUCUUCUAUAUGGGGCAUUUGCAAUUAAAUAGUGUUGCGCGAGAAUAUUUGUUAAUAAAUACAUGCAUUUCUAACAGGUUUCCUAAAUAAUAGUUCAGAGUCAUACUGGAAUGUUCUUCAUUGGGAAAAUAAGUGUGUGUGUGUGUUCUUUAAAUCCCUUAUUGUGUAUUUAUAUGUUCUUAUUUUAAAUGUAUUUAUAGAUGCCAAUCAAGAAAGGAUUUGCCUUCCACAAUCCAGCACCAGUGACGCCUAUGCUUAUCGUAACAUGAACCGAUAACAGCCUGCAAACACUCCGAUGCCUCCCAUAAUUCCCUGUUGUUCCUUUUAAAAGAAUGUUUCUUGCAGUGUCUUCAUCUAACUUAAAUUAGUUGAUUUUAAAUAUUUAUAACUUAUCAAGAAGCACUGUUUCUAAGAUGUUAGACUUUUGUGUACAGCACUAAUUUUCCAAUGUUCUGAAUAAAUAUUUAAUAUUCUUUAUACA